GCUUCACUGUCGCUGCAGGCACUAAAUUGUAAUUAUACGGUUAGAUGGGCCCAUUACCUCCACCUUAUGCACAUGACCCACGCUUGUGACAGAUCAUCCGGGUGGCAUACACCAAGUUGGGGAAAUAAUCUGAACAAGUCUAUUAAAUAUUUUGUUUUGUGUUUUUAGUUCAGGUAAUAUGAUCGCGAUGAAUUAAGCCUAUAGUCUGUCCGUGCCCGCGGGUUGUGCCCCAGGCCGGUUACACAACAAGUGUGCCACCGCGCAACCGGAUGGAGCCAUAACCGCAACGGGACUGACUCAUACUUAUUCUUGUUUUGCUACGUUUUAUUGCCCGCAUAAACGUCCUAUGGGAAAUUAAUCACCAAUGUUAAAUAAAGCUGUUCCUGCAGCCCAGUUAGACUGAACAUGGCGGAGGAGGUCAGCACAGGAGACGAUCGUGGCUCGGCUCCAUCUGUCGCUACCAACUCGUUUCCCAGCGAGGAAUACGAGUGCAAAAUAUGCUACAACUACUUCGACCUGGACCGCCACACUCCCAAAUUACUGGGUUGUUCCCACACCUUCUGCCAGGAGUGCCUGAACAAUGUGCACUCCCGGGAGGGCGGAGGAUGGAGGAUAGGUUGCCCCGUGUGUCGCCACCGAAGUCCGGUACCGGAUUAUCGGGUUUACAACCUCCCCGACAACACGGCACUGACCGCAGCGCUCCCUCUUCAAACCCCCGGGCCUGUGAACUCGUGUACACCAGAUGUCCAGACAUGUCCAGCCGUGUCUUCACUCGCUUCCCGAGAGGGCGACGACAGCUGUCAGACUUGCAAACAGGCUGCGUUUGCGACCGGCUGCGUGUGCGCCAUUUUUUCUUUCCUGUCCAUGGUGGCGCUGUUAUUUGUGGGCCUCAUCUUUGUGCAUAACUUCAGUCACAUUAUGCCGCCCGUCGGCCCCGUCUGUUUGUUUGUCGCCAGUGUUCUCGCCCUGUUCUCGCUCGUCCUCACCUGGUUAAUGUGUAUGUUAAAGUACCGGCCUGAAACUGAAGCAAGCAGCUUCGGUUCCCUCACUGUGAUGUGAUUCCGGUCAGUUUAAUAAAAUGGAAAUGGGAUUAUUUCUCUAAUUCUGAGUAAACAUCCCUAUAUAUGCCUUAAUCAGUAUCUGUAAUCAUGGACUACUGGCUAACUAACAAUAUAGCAAUGAUGGUGGGCAGGUUUAAUCAACAGUGAGGUGAACAUUGAGUUUAUGUCAUGGUAGAAUAUCUGUAUAAAGCUGAGGUGUAAAUGUGGUUAAUAAUAACUUUGGCUGCUUCGGUCUCAGAGUCUGUGUACUGUUGGCUCACUGUCAUGAUUUUCUUGGAUAAAGCAGAGUUAUUGUUAAUGUUAUUAGUAACACGUGCUUUUGUCCCUGCUAUGACAAGUUAAAAUGCUGAGAAAAGAGUCUAUUUUGACCUAAAUGGACGGCACUCUGGCUCAAGCCAAACCUGUCUCUAUAUUUACCAUAUCUACACUAUACAGAGUAAAAGUGAAGAUUUAGAGGUUUGGGCACAGGACAUACAUAUUGUUAGCAUGUCUUUUGUAUGCUAAUUCUUUAUGUUUAAAUCCACUUCAAUGCCGGGUUUGUUCUUGUUCGACUCUGAUAAUAUACAGGCAUGUAAGACUAUGACAAAUGUUUAUAUAAAAA